AAAAUCGUAGAGGACAGAACACAUAAAAUGUGGAUCUCAAUCUCAAUUCGUGUUUCCUUUCUGGUUUUGUUUGCAGUGUGUUUGAAUUUGCAGAGUUGGAUCUCUGCAUAUUCUGACUCAAACAGUUAUGUAGAUAUAAACAUUAUAAGGCUUUCCAUUGAGAACGACUUGCCACCAGCCUCACCAGAACUGUUACUUUUUGCUGAUUUUGAGAGAAAACCAGUGGAAAUUCGUCCUGGAAAUAGGAAUGCGUACCUAAAAUUUCUGAACAUGGAGAACCAUUCUGCUGUAUUCAAAUGGAAGCAAUGUGCAACGUUCAGUGUGAAACCUGCUACCGAAGAAGGACAUCAAAGCAUUUAUUGGUCUGUUAGAGCAGAUGGUUUGUAUCAUAGUUGGGACAAUUCCAAUUGGGAUAAAAGGGAACAAUGGGGUUCUUGUUAACAAUUCUCUCAAUUUAUCAAUCAAUAAAUCAUUCCAAAUCAAAUACUUGUUAAUUA